UCCAGUGACUGUGUGUGCGUCAGUGGAGGUCGUGCUGCUCCAACAUGUCUGUCCUGUACCCCACUCUCCUGCUCUGUGCCUAUGGCUUUUUCUCCAACCUGCGGCCGCUGGAGCCCUUCCUCACCGCCUACCUUAUGGGACCGGACAAGAACCUGACCGAGACUCAGGUCGUCAGUGAAAUCUAUCCGGUGUGGACGUACUCCUACCUGGUGUUGUUGUUCCCCAUCUUCCUGGCCACUGACUAUCUCUGUUAUAAGCCUGUAUUGGUGCUGCAGGCCACCAGCCUGGUAGUUACCUAUGUCAUGCUGCUGAAGGCACAGGGCGUACUGGCCAUGCAGCUCCUAGAGUUCUUCUUUGGGCUGGCCACGGCAUCCGAGGUGGCCUACUACUCUUACAUUUACAGCGUGGUGGAGCCAACACACUACCAGAGAGUGACCAGUUACUGCCGCAGCAUCACUCUGUUUGGGUCGGCUGCCGGCUCUCUAACCGGUCAGCUGCUGCUCUCUGUGGCCAAAGCUCAGCUGGUCCACCUCGUCAUUGUCACUCUGACGUCGGCCGCCGUGGCCUUCAUUGCUCCAUGGUUCCUGCCCAUGCCCAAGAGGAGCUUGUUCUUCCACAAGAACCUGGGAGCAGCGGAGGAGAGGCAGCGCAACAGCAGCUCACCCCUGAUGGAGAGGGUGGAGGAUGCAGAGAGCAAAGUGCCUCUGAACAGCCAGGAAGUCUCUGCAGUUCUGGUAUCCAGGAGCUCUGAGGCAGGAAGUCCCCACACUAGUCUCGUGGAGGUGUUGCGAAUGCUGUUUGAUGAUUUCCUGCAGUGCUACAGAUGUCGCCCCCUGCUGGCUUGGUCACUGUGGUGGGCUCUGGCCACAUGUGGCUACUUCCAGGUCAUCAACUACGCUCAGCCGCUGUGGGAGAACCUCCGUCCAUCCCAGGAAUAUGAGAUCUACAACGGCUACGUAGAGACUCUGUCCACACUGUUAGGGGCCCUGGCAGCUCUGCUGGUGGGCUGCCUGCCUGUGAGCUGGUCUGUGUGGGGGGAGCUGGCUCUGUGUGUCCUCUCCCUGCUGAUGGCUGUGUGUCUGUUUGUCAUGGAUACAGUGAGGAACAUCUGGCUGUGUUACAGCUCAUAUGUCGUCUUCAGAGCCACGUACAUGCUGCUCAUCACCGUGGCUACGUAUCAGAUAGCGGCCAGUCUCAACAUGCAGCGCUACGCCCUGGUGUUCGGAGUCAACACCUUCCUGGCUCUGCUGCUGCAGUCUCUGCUCACGGUGGUGGUGGUUGACUCAGCCGGCCUCGGCCUCGACGUCUUCACACAGUUCCUGAUCUACGGCAGCUACUUCAUCGUCAUCUCCAUGGUCUUCCUCGCCGCUGGGCUUUGGAAACUGGCCUCCAGGAGGCGCUCAGAGCAGGAAGUCCUCGCCAACGGACAAGCAGAGGCAGACUCUCCUCCAAUCAGUGAUGCAGGUGCCUGCACAUAGAACACACUAAUACUGACAGACAAAAGCGCCAAAGCUGAGAGAGCACAGUGACUCCACCAGGUGAGCUUCAGUCAGUAGAAAGUAGAAGCUGUUUCCUGUUUCUGUGUCUGCAUCUAUUAAAACACCACAAGCUGCCUGACACACAGCACAGGUUCAUUAGCAUUAUACUGUUGUUAUGGCUACCCUGUUCACAUCCCAUAGCUGUGGAGCAGGUGUAGAAGUUGAAUAAUGCUAGUCAGGCAGUGUAGAGUGAGCUGCCCCCUGCUGGUUACGCCUCAAUGACAGAAUCCAGCUGUCAAGAGACUGAACGCUGCAGACAAUCUGCAGUACAGCUGCACAUCUGGAUGAUUGACACAUCUGCACUGCUCCUUUAACAUUAGAGCCAUUUUCUAUGAUAAAGACUGGGGGUGUAACAGGACAAAAAACUCAAACUUCAGCACGUACCUCAGUUUUUAAUUCAUGGUUCAGUUUGUUUUCAGAACAAGAGAUCAUGCCUUUAACUUGAAAAGAGAAAGUGGUAUUAAUUUCAAAUCGGAUGACUUGUUUCUUGAACACAAGUAAUGCCCAUAAAGGCACAUUUCUUUUAAGUUAUAUUUUGGCCAUUUUAUGCCUUUAUUGACGCUGACAGGACAGUGAGGAAUGAGGAAAUAGACAGAGAAAAAGGAAUGACAUGUAGCAGAGAGUUCAGCCAGGAGUCGAACUGGGGACUCGCCUCGAUACACAGUUCUUUAAAUAAGUAAAACUUUAUUUAUAGAGCAUUUUCGGAAACCUGGUUACAAGGUGCUGUACAGCUAAAACAUUUAAGAAAUACAUAAAAAUAUGAAAUAAUCUAAAACAAUAAGAGAAAACAUUAAGGGCAUCUGAAACAGGUGAGUUUUCAGCAGCUUCUUCAAACUGUCAGCUG